CCAAGCAUUGUGUCACAGGUGGCGCUGGGUUUCCACACAACACAAGACGCAGUCCACCACAAGCUGAGGAAGACUGUGAGCGACAUCUCCUCUUCCCUCCGACCUCCAGCCUCGCAAGAACUGCCAAGAAGAGCCACGGUGGACGAGGUCCCCAGCAGGAGAGGCACGGAGGACACGCCACGGAGAAGUUCAGCCGAGGAUAGGAAACCGGCUUCCACCCACGACGACCUGCCACCCAGACGACCCACUCCAGACGACCCAUUGCGAGGAAACCUGUCCGAAGACGCCAGAAGAAAACCGACUCUAGAGGAAAUUGGGAGGAAGUCGACGGUGGAGGAGACUUGGAGAAGAGACGUGGAGCGAGCGAGCGAGCAGGAGGAGCGGUGCAGACUGCAGCAGAGCUCCUCGGCCGCCAUGCUGGCCAGAGCUCAAGCACUCAACAAGAGUGGCUCUAAGAGCAGCAUGAGUGAGUCGGAACUCAAGGUGGAUGUGCGAGGGUCGUCAGGGGCCAGCAAGUGUGAGGGCCCUGAGAGCAGUACUACAGACCAUGGCAGCAGUGGGCCAUCCCCCGGGGCCCGCAAAGUCUCCCCACACAUGGCCCACCGCCCCAGCUUGGGCCACAGGUCCGGACUCACCAGCGGCACCGACUCCUCCAUAGACUCCGACUAUAGCUACGACUACGGUCAUCUUAUGCCUUCUGCCACCUACACCACCACCCCGCCCAUCCUCUCAUCUCGCGGGCGUAGUGAGGUGGCGUUGAGUGGGGCGUCGCGGGGCGUGUGCGUGUCGCGGGACCACUCGCUGGACAACGUGCCCUCAUCGGUGACUUCGUCAGAUUCCUCGUCACAGGAGCUGGACUCUGCCCAUGCCACCGAGGACUCUCACAGCUCCGAGGCAGCCGACGAUGCCGACAACGCCGUCUCCCGCACCGUCACCUACUCCUCUGGUUGUGGCGGCAGCAGUGGCGGGGAGUCUGGCUACGUCUCACCUUACCUGAGCACUGAGCACGGCGGUCUGGUCACCCUGGGCCCCUCGCUACUACUCACUAGGUCUACUAUCGCUCACUACGACACCAAACGGACCAUUACUACAGUUGUUGCUCCCAGGUCAUCCUUCGAUGAGAACCGCGUCAGGAUACAAGUGCCUGCUGCUGCUGUGGCAGCAGCAGCAGCAGCGGCAGCAGUCGGCGGGGGCACAAGCAGAGGUCUAGCAUCAACAGCAGCGCCAUCAGCAGCUAACAUAGCACCAGAGGCGACAGUAACUGUCUCGUUACCAGAGCACCCACAGAGCACCGACGAGCCACCACCACCUGGCGGAAGGGAGUCACCAAUAUAUACUCUAAGGGAAAGUGAGCCUGAGACGGCACCUGUGAGGCGCCUGCAGCCCGAGGCGCGACUCCCAGCACCCGCUCGCUCACCCUCCCACAGCCCUUCCUCAGACACUCCGCACCAGCACCCGAGGAAACCUUCCCCAAACAGGUCUCCGAGGUUUGUGUAGUAAUGUGGCAGGCAGGGCUCACCUGGGCCACCAGGACCAGCGGGGCUCACCUGGGCCACCAGGACCAGCAGGGCUCACCUGGGCCACCAGGACCAGCAGGGCUCACCUGGGCCACCAGGACCAGCAGGGCUCACCUGGGCCACCAGGACCAGCAGGGCUCACCUGGGCCACCAGGACCAGCAGGGCUCACCUGGGCCACCAGGACCAGCAGGGCUCACCUGGGCCACCAGGACCAGCGGGGCUCACCUGGGCCACCAGGACCAGCAGGGCUCACCUGGGCCACCAGGACCAGCAGGGCUCACCUGGGCCACCACGACCAGCAGGGCUCACCUCGGCCACCAGGACCAGCGGGGCUCACCUGGGCCACCAGGACCAGCGGGGCUCACCUGGGCCACCAGGACCAGCAGGGCUCACCUGGGCCACCAGUACCAACAGACACAACACUCCAGCAUCAAGUUAGACAGGCAGCUGUAGUUGGACAUGAUCUCCCAUGUUGGCCAAGUAAUGUUUUCUGUAAGUUUCAGCCACGCCAGUUUCAAUAAGGUUAGUAUAAAACAUGGAACUAUCUGUCGUCCAAGCAAUGCCAGGCUUCAUACUAGUGCCAGCUGUCAAAUUAUUAAUUAUUUACUAUUACCUCUGUUGUUGUUAAGACUUGUCAUUGAUAUCUUUUGAUACAAUCACUGUCUGGGGCGACAUGUAUAGAAGAUGCCCAGGCGGAGGCUACAAGAUGCCCAGGCUGAGGCUACAAGAUGCCCAGGCUACAAGAUGCCCAGGCGGAGGCUACAAGAUGCCCAGGCUGAGGCUACAAGAUGCCCAGGCUACAAGAUGCCCAGGCGGAGGCUACAAGAUGCCCAGGCUGAGGCUACAAGAUGCCCAGGCUACAAGAUGCCCAGGCGGAGGCUACAAGAUGCCCAGGCUGAGGCUACAAGAUGCCCAGGCUACAAGAUGCCCAAGCUGAGGCUACAAGAUGCCCAGGCUGAGGCUACAAGAUGCCCAGGCUGAGGCUACAAGAUGCCCAGGCUGAGGCUACAAGAUGCCCAGGCUGAGGCUACAAGAUGCCCAGGCUGAGGCUACAAGAUGCCCAGGCUGAGGCUACAAGAUGCCCAGGCUGAGGCUACAAGAUGCCCAGGCUGAGGCUACAAGAUGCCCAGGCUACAAGAUGCCCAAGCUGAGGCUACAAGAUGCCCAGGCUGAGGCUACAAGAUGCCCAGGCUGAGGCUACAAGAUGCCCAGGCUGAGGCUACAAGAUGCCCAGGCUGAGGCUACAAGAUGCCCAGGCUGAGGCUACAAGAUGCCCAGGCUGAGGCUACAAGAUGCCCAGGCUGAGGCUACAAGAUGCCCAGGCUGAGGCUACAACCAUACAAGUGGUAACACAUAAUAUUUUGGGACGUGUCGUCUAUAACCGCCCCUCAGUUAUCAUCCUGACACACACACACACUCACAGUUGUCAUCGGUGCGGGACCAAAGCGCCAAAGCUCAACCCCCGCAAGCACAAAUAGGUGAGUACACACACACACACACACACACACACACACACGCACACACUCACCUCACCCAACAACUGUCCACAGGAGUCCGGACAAGUAUAUAUAUUGGCAUUUACAAAUCUCUUGUACGGGUGAAGUCUACCAUCUAAGCCUAUAAUACUCAACAGUAGUGGCAUUAUGCAAGUUACUUUGAGGAGGAGAAUCAUGACAGUAAUGCAGUAUUAAACUUUUAAUUGUUUGGCGUAAACAAAUGUAGCUUGGACUCAUUAUUAUGAGGGAAUGGAAUUAUCAGGGGAAAGCGCCAAGCCAUUACGACUAUAUGGCACUGGGAAGGAGUCAGGCUAAGGGCUUGGGAUGGGACGGGGGGAGGAAUGGUGCCUAACCACUUGGACGGUCGGGGAUUGAACGCCGACCUACAGAAAGUGAGACCGUCGCUCUUCCGUGCAGCCCAAGUGGUUGGGCAGCACUUGGGCAGGAGGUGAAGAGGUACCGUUGUGGUGGUAGUGGGUGAGCACAGUACCAUCUGUGACACAGUAACCAGGAAGGCAUGAUACAGUACAAGAUGGACCUGCGACCACAGUAGGCUCCAGUGUGUAACUAUAACACUUGUAUAAUCCGGUCAACUCGUAGGACGGUGUACAUGUGGCUGGGUGUGAAUUUUGUCCAAUCCAAUUGUCCGUGUACCGUGUAAUACAGUAUAGUAUAUCAUUUUCCCCUCGAAACAUUUUCUCAGCUUAAAAUUUUUCCAACAAAUAAUUACAAGCCCUUUCCCAGUUGGAAACUUGUCUGACAAUUAUCGUUUUAUCAAAGAUAAAAAUUCGUUUAAUUUAAGCGACGAAGGACUUUAUGGUGUUUAGUCUCGUUGAUAAAUAACCGUAUGUGGCUCAAUA